AUGGAGAACGAUUCUCUGAUUGCCUACCUGGAGAUGAUGACCGCGGGGAUGGCUCGCCUCGUCGUGGAUGUUCUCCCGCGCAAGGCGGAGGCGUAUGCGGUGGCGGAAGGAGGAUUGAAGGAGGUGGCGGACUUGUGUGAAGGGAGAUCGGAGGAGUCGAUUGAAUCAGUCGGAACGAAUAUUAGGCUUGUGAAGGCAGACGGUGGAGGGUUUUCUGUGAAGAAGAGGGAGAGACCGCCGUGUGAAGAAGAGAGAGAGAAUUACCAUAUAGAUAGGAAAUCAACUUUAUAUUAUCUCCUUGUCGGGCCCCCGGAUCACGCCCGCUGCCCCUUGCCCCGAUUUGAAAUCCUUGCUCGGACCGGUGACGACUCUAUUCGCCCUCGCCUUGACGGUGAAGACAUUCGCCUGAACGUGCCGCUGGUGUUGGAGCCCUGA